AUGAAGGAAAAACAUACAAGGAGCAUCGAGUUGGUCAAGUUGCAGGAUGCAGAUUGUCUGCGACAGAAGGAGUGUACGUGUGGAGCGUUGUCUUCAUCCAUGGAGAUUCGCUGGAAUAUCAAGUCGAGGAACUGGCCCAUGCAGUUCGGCGCGCUCAUGCACUAG